AUGUCGGUCGGCCUCGACACCCUCUUUUCGCACCUGAGCAUCUCGGCGGCGACAGGAUCGAGUGACGAGGACUUGCUGUCUUCUGACGAGGACUUCCUGUCUUCGCUUCCCGACGAGCUCCUCCAUCACAUUGUCAAGGUGCUCGGCGACGCGGCUGCUGCUUCCCUCCAUUUGUGCUGCCAACGAGUCCGCACCGUGGUCGCGCCACUGCUGAGAUCCCGAAACGAGGCCAGGCGCUGGCACGAGAACGUGCGAGCGCUGUGGCUGCUGCUUCACGGCAACGGCGCCAUCACCGCGCUCCCCGGCGUUCUCUCAGUUCCUCACGCCACGCCGAGCCUGAACCGUUGGAACGUGAUCGCUCUUAGUCCACGGGUCCUUGCAUUGCUCGUGACCCGCUCCCACGCAUUGGUGCUUGCCUCGCUCGUCCGGAACGGCUCGUUGUGUUGCCUGAGGGACCUCGCCUUCCCCGGCGCGAACGGCCUCGGUGGCGGCGGCGGCAGUGCGAGAGGGUCGCCGGCAUGGGCCGCCGCCAGCGUGUCAUCGACGGCGCUGGUCACGGCAGCGUGCCACCCCGGUGCGCUGCCGCGCCUAGAGCGGCUGGAUCUCUCGCUCGAGGGCCUUGGCGACCGCUUCUGCGAAGAACUUCUCGCGUCGUGCUCCGCUGUGGCUUCGGCUUACCAGACCGCUGCCAGUGGUCGCAGUUUGGACAAGGCGCCCGUGCUCCCCUCGCUCAGCACUCUCAACAUCGGGGCGGACCUCUCGGCCGCGGGCUUCUCCGCUCUCGCCAUGGCGCUGAUCGGGGGCGCGCUACCCAAGCUGGACGCGCUGCGCCUGCCCGGUGGAAGUGGCGCCGCCUCCGCGCUCGCACGGGCUCGGCGGGAGGUGGCGGCUGCGGCGGCGGAUCGUGGCGCGCUGCUUGUUUUCUCCUGA